AUGGCGAUGAGCUAUUUAACUGAAAGCGAAGCCCCUCGGGACUUUCGCGUAUCUUCAACUGAGAGCGAUGGACAUUACACAAAAUGUGUUCUUUGUUACACUGUGAAAAGAAACUUUUACUGUGCUGAUUGUGUUAAAAAUGGUAAUUUUGUACAUACCUCGAUGCCUUACUCGGACAGAUUUUCAGAGAAACAAAUGAAAUUAAUGAGAAUAAAACUAAACAGACAACACAUACUGGAAAGAUGUGAAAAAUUACUUGCACCUAAAUUAAAGAAGGAUAUACUUUUAACGGAAACCAAACAAUCCAGAGAUAAAUUAGAUUUAUUAAGACUUGCAAUUGAGCAAAGAAGAAAUACAAUAGAUAUAAAAAGAAAAGAACUUAAAGAACUAAAAUCUUUAAAUAAUGAAUUGCGAUUAAAAUUACCAAGAUAUCACAAGAGAGUAUCAAGUUUGGGCAAACACGCUCAAGAACAGAGAAUAGAGCUACAAAAUAAAAUAAUUUUAUACAAUGACCAGGCACAAGCACUGGCAGCAUUAAGAAGGUCGAGAAUACGGCAGCUAACAAGAUAUAUCUUUCCUAUUUAUAUGAGUUAUGAUUCCAGUGACAGUAUAGAAGACUUAGAGUUUGUUGGUGAAGAUGCAGAAGAGGAGACCCCAAAAAGAACCCAGUUACACAUAGUAGCUCCAUGGAUUGAUAUCGAUACAGACUACACACAGCUACAGAAUUGGGCGGAACAGAACAGUGAGGUGUCGGAGGCGUGCCCGGCGGCGAGCGCGCAGUGCCGCAGCGGCGCGGCGCUGGCGCUGGCGGCGCAGCUGGUCGCGCUGCUGGCCUGGACGCUGGACGCGCGGCUGCCCUACGCGCUCGCGCUUAGCGAGUACAGCGCGCCGGUGCGGUGGCGCGCGUGCGUGGCGCGGCUGCGCGCGGGCGCGGCGGCGCUGUGCGCGCGCGCGGGCGUGGCGGCGCCGCCGGCCGCGCCGCUGGCCGCGCUGGCCGGCCUGCACGCGCUGGCGCUGGCCGCCGCCGCCGACCACCCGCAGCUCGGCAGCGUGGAGGCGUGGUCGGGGCAGUGGGCGGCGAGCGCGGCGUGGGCGGCGGCCGGCGCCGACGACCUGGACGAGCCCGAGCCGCCCGAGCACCUGCACUGGCCCGACACGGCGCAGAUCGAAGAACUGAGCUGCACGCCGCCCGCGCCCUCGCUCGUGACGUCGGCGGCCGCGUCCCUCGCCUCCAUGUGGCGCGGCUGGACCAAG